AUGUUGAAGAGAGCCAACCAGAUUUGUGGCCGAGGUUUGCAGCUGCUAAAUCCAACUGCAGCCUUACCACUGUUUCGCUAUAGCACCAAUAUCUUUCCAGAUCGUGGACCGCAGACCGCAUAUACAAGCAAAACUUAUGCUACUGCCUCGAAUUUUCCGCACCAAGAUUACUCAUGGCCCAACGCUUCAUCCCUCACUCCAUAUGACGUCUUAAACCUACCCCGCGGCGCUCCGUACUCGAAAAGACACUACUAUGACCUCGUGAAGAUUUAUCACCCGGACCGACCCUUACAUGAUCAUCCACUCUUUCAACAGUUGACGGAGGAGACUCGAUUGCACCGCUACCGAAUUGUGGUAGAUGCACAUGAGCUUCUAUCCGAUCCUAGCAAGCGAGCAGCCUAUGAUCAAAGUGGCGCUGGCUGGAGCCACAUGGUACCGGAGACAACAGCCGCAUGGGAUUCUGGUGGACCCAGUAUCUAUGCAAAUGCUACGUGGGAGGACUGGGAGCGAUGGAAUAACCGCCACCAUGGCCCGCAGCAACAUGUUGUCGACCAGCGCACCUUCACACGGCUUGUAAUUCUUCUGGUGUUGUUUGGGGGCGCUCUUCAAGCAUCUUGGAUCGGAAAGCUGAACACCGGCUACGAAGAUCGCUUGCGCGAGGUGAAUGAAGAGUCCGCGCGCUUUUUACAUGGCCGCAGAGAGAGUACUGUCAAACAAAUGAACUCCAACGAUGCGCGUGUCCAGGGUUUCCUCAUUCGAAGAGACCCUACUGGAGCGGGUCUGAAGGAUGUCGAGAAAUCUGUUUACCAAAAGGAGUUGAAUCCUCGCCGCAGUCUGGAUGAGACCACCAAGGCUGACAACCAGCAUAGACCAGAGUCUGUUCAAUCGGCGGAGAGGAUCUCAACAGGUACAGAGAUCUCUUGA